AUUCUUCCUCUCCGGUGGGUGGUGCUGUGUAUUUGGUUUGGUGUUGAUGGUGGUGUCGGUUUUUUAGUCAUGGCGUCGCCUUGUAGUAGCAAUGGCCCUUUCGAGAAGAAGAAAGUGACCGAGCUCCGCGUUAUCGACCUGAAGUCCGAGCUGAAGCGGAGGAACCUGGACGUGACCGGGGUGAAGAACGUGCUGGUGGCCCGGCUCAAACAGGCAAUUGAAGAAGAAGGUGGUGAUCCUGAUAAUGUUGAAAUAAGUCCUUCUGCAGAUACUCCUCCUACAAAAAAACUAUUGAAGAACAAGGGCAAGAAGCAGGAGGCUGACGAAUCUGGGUGCGAAGCUUCUAUGGAAGAAGAUUUAGUUAAGGAAUUUGAGCUGGAGUCUCAAGAUGUAAGUGAUCAAGAUGAUAGUGAUGAUGAAGUAAAGGAUACUGAGGAGCAUGAUGAAGAAAAUUCUAAGUCUGUCACAGUGCUAUCCCCAGAAGGCAUGACGUGCAAUGAAUCGCAGCCUGUCCCUGCAGAAGAAGACUCUGAAAAAGAACCUCAAAACCAAGAUGAAAACCAGGAUACCCAAACUUUUUCUGACCAUGAUGUUGUGCCUGAUGAAGGCGAGGAGGAAGACAAUGAUAAAGAUAUAACAGGUUCUGGUGAUGGUACACACGACGUAUCUAAACCCCUUCAUUCAGAAGACAAUGGAUCAGAACUCGCUGUUAAAGAAGAAUUGAAAGAUAACACUUCUGUGAAAGAAGCUGAUGACGAUAAUGUGUCUGUCACAAUCCAGGCUGAAGAUGCCAUUACUAUCGAUUGUGAUGGGGAUGACCUUCUUGAAACAGGUAAAAAUGUAAAACUUGCAGAUUCUGAGGCAUGCAAGGCAAAGGAUGAACAGGAGACGAGUGGCACCAAGGAUGGCCUGGAGAAACAAAAAGAUGUCAUGUCCGAGGACCAAAAAGAUGUCAAAGAGGAGAACGUAAAAGGAGAUGGUGUUAAGAAAGAAGCUAGAGAAGGUUCGAAGAAAGCUGAAUCUGGAGAUAAAGACAAGGAUUCUCAGAAGAAAGGUCCCUCAUCAACUGGGGCCUCUGGUCAAGCAAAGAGUUCAUCCAAAGAUGGAAAGGAAAGCAAAACUACAUCCAAAGAUGAAAAAGGAACUACCAGUAGCACAAGUGGAAGCUCUAUGAGAAAUCUUUGGGUCAGUGGACUUUCUUCGAAUACUAAAGCAGCAGACCUGAAGAAUCUCUUUGGAAAGUAUGGCAAGGUUCUUAGUGCAAAAGUAGUAACUAAUGCAAAGAGUCCAGGGGCAAAAUGCUAUGGAAUUGUCACCAUGUCAUCCAGUGCCGAUGUGUCCAGGUGCAUAUCUCACCUUCAUCGUACAGAAUUGCAUGGACAACAGAUAUCUGUAGAAAAGUGGAAGAGCGAUACUUCCAAGCGUGACCAAAAGAAAGAGGGGGAUGACAAAAGUAGUUCUGGCAAAACAUCUGGUGAGAAGAAGUCUUCUUCAGGAGGUGAUAAAAGCAGCAAGCCUUCAAGUUCAGUAAAAAAAGAUGACAAAAAGUCUGACAAGCCAGAGAAGAAAGACAUCAAAGACACCAAGAAAGAUGGCAAAGAAAAGAGUGAGGAUGUAGCUGCAGGCUCUCAAGACCCAACAAAAAAGAACGAAGAAAGGAAGCGGCCAGGUAAAAGUCCUGGACAGAUGGUAGUAAUCGAUCAGACUAAAGGAGAUCAAUUAUACAUGAGGCCACAGAUGAGAAGAGGCCGUUUUGAUAAGAUGAGAAAUAACAACCGAGAGAGGUUUUUCCAGAACAAAAUGAAGUUCAGAGACAAAAAAGACAUCUUGACAUUUGAAAAAAUGAAGGCACAAAGGCUCAGAGAAAAUGUUGAACGACUGCAACGAUUGCAGAGAUACCACAGAGCUGUGGAACUGCGAAGCGUGGUCUCUACUUUCCACCCAAAACGCAGGGACAUGGCAGAGAGGGAGCGGCGGGAAAGAGAGCGUGUAAGAAUAAUGCGAGAGCGUGAAGAACUUGACCACCUACAGAGGGAGCGUGAAAGACUUGAAAUAGAAAGACAGAAGUUGGAACGUGAGCGAAUGGAGCGAGAGCGUCUGGAAAGAGAGCGUAUUCGAAUUGAGCAGGAAAGGCGAAAAGAAGCUGAGCGCAUUGCGCGUGAAAGGGAGGAACUGAGGCGACAACAGGAGCAGCUUCGUUUUGAGCAGGAGAAGAGAAACUCUUUGAAACGACCUCGUGAUGUUGACCAGAGGAGAGAUGAUCCUUUUUGGAAUGAGAACAAGAAGAUGGCAAUGGAUACAGACUCUCGCUUCAGCCAUGGAUCUGACUACAAUCGUCCGCAGAAUAGGUUCAAUGACUUUGACCAUAGAGAGCGGGGUCGGUAUCCAGAAUCUUCAUCUGCAUCGUCUUUUGACAGACGUGACAGAUUUGUACCACCAGACGGCAAAAAGGGUUUUAACAAGAACUUUGGUGAUUCAAGACGAAAUGAAGCAGCGCAACCUCGAAAUGAACCACGAGACACAGACAGGAGGGAUCGGGAUGAAAGGAGACCUGUGGGUAUUGAAAGAGCAGGUGGAAACCGACCUGAAGGCCAAAGCCAUGAACGAGGCAGAAUGAACAAUCCAGAUAUGCUGCAUGGCCGCAACCAGAGAGACCCUCCAGGAAACCCACCACGCUCAGCUGGCUGGAAAGAAGGAGGAAUGCCUCCAGAUAAGCGUGAUACAAGGCCAGGUAGAGAUGGCCCUGGCCAUUCUUCUAGAGGUGGUCAUGGCAAUCGAGGAGGAAAAUCUGGCUACAGUGGUGGAAGAGACGGUGGCCGGCCAGUCAUGGCAGGAGGUCGUGGUAGUGGACAACAUUAUAAUGAGGGCAGAAACGUGCCCCCAGGAAGGGAUAAUACAGGGCCAAGAAAGGAAUGGCAUGGUCCAAAUGCACAAGUGGGUGGAUUUGACAACCGAAGAAUGCCAGAUGGUCGCAGUGGAGGCAUGAUGUCUUCUCAUUCCAGUAAUUCAGCCAUCAACAGAGUUGUACCGAUGCCGGGUGGAUCCAUGCAGCGAGGAAGUGGCUCUGGAUUCAAGCCCUUUAAGGGAGCACCUCAAAGAAGAUACUAAGUUUUUCACUUGCCUGGUUUUUGGAAUAACUUAUUCUUUUGUAAACUCUUCUGAAUUUUGACAAGGGUUUUCUCAUAUAUAUAUUUUUCUUUUUUUUUUUUCUUUUUUUUUACCAUUUUAAUUCUUUGUUUUAUGAUGGACUUUUAAUGGUAUAGUGAAGUUGUUCCUCGGGCAAACCAUCCUUGGGCAAGCGGUCCUUGGAAAUGACUUCUAACAGUAUUUGGAUCCAAAUGUUAAGAAUAUUUUUCUUUUGUGCAAAAAUAUCAUGAACAGACUUCACGGUGCAAUGAACCUUCUCGGCCAGCACACCUGACAUUGUAUCGUUUCGAUGGAUUCAAACAUUUUUCAGUGCAGAACCUGUAAAAAUAGUACAAUUUAGGUUUCUAUUAUGUGUAGGGAAUGUAAAACUUUCCUAAAAGCUAGCAAUCUUUUCUUCUCCUGCCCAAGGCUUUCAUAAACAAAACACUUUUUUGACUGAAUAAAAUGUUCCGAAGUUCGUUGUAGAUGUUGAUAGCCUCACAGCCACCAUUCAGCUACUGGAGUCUGGUUUUUAGAGCUCAUAAUAAGAAUAUUUUGGACUAAAAUGGCUUUAUCCUCAAACUAUUUAUAAGAUAGAACACUGUCUGAAUAAGUUUACUUGCGUAAUAAAAAUUAACUGAGCUUUUUUACUGAAGCAAUAUUUACCAAUGCAAUUAUUUUUUUUUCCCCAUAAGAAUCACCAUUUGGAAAUGGUCUGUGAUAGGCUAGAUAUUAUCUGGUUACUGAGACGGUCGGUCUUUCAAGAUGUAGUAUAGUUUUUGUUUCAUUUACAUUUGAGCUUAAACAUCAUUAAGGUUCCCAAUACUGUAGAAUAUUUUUUUGCACUUGUCUGGAAUGUCAAGUUACACUGUGCUGUGAUGUGAGUCCUGGCCAUGACUUUUCUCCUCAAUGUCUUGUAAAAUUUUUAGGUGGUAUAAAAAUAAAGCUGGCAUUCAGUUUUAAA